AAGUUUUUAUUUUUAAUCUGUGGAAACUCAACUUGGCAAACCAAGAUGGUCUUCCCGGAAAUGACCUAUGACUUUUGUUGUUAAUAGACUUCCGUUGACGGCCGGCCGCAGCUCUGAAAGAAGAAUGGAAGUGCAUUACACCGUGAGAGAAAACUGUGAUUCUUUUUCUUUGACUCUUCAAUAAGGGAUUAUAAUAAUUAUAUCGAAGCUGCAGGAAAAGGUAAUGGAAAUCCAGAUUUCUCCGAGCAGAGCUACUGUUGACUGCAUGAAAGAAUGAAUCUCUUUACUACUUUGAAAAUCCAUUUUUGUCAUGAUAUACCAUCUGCUGGAACUAUUUUGUAUCCAAGCUGUCUUCAUGUGACAAAAUGAACCCCAAACAUGCCAUGGGUUUGGUAAAAUUGUAUUAAGCUGCAGAGAUUGCAGACUGGUGUUGCAGAAAUUGGUGCUUGGAACUUGAAAGUUGAAGUCAUUCUUGUGUGUGUGUGUGUGUGGCUGCCAAAAUUUGAAACCAGCCGAAGCGUGAAGGUGCUUUCUGCCCCAGCCGUUCCACAACCACCGGGAUCCGCUACCUCAUCAACAAACAGCAUCAUGGGAAAUAAGAACUCAUGCUGUGUGUACCACAGCCCCAAGAACCGGAGCAAGAAGCAGGGAGACGCCUACCUGUACCAGCAGCCCCACGCCCCGGUGGAGGAAGAGCAGCCACCGCUGGCCCACCCACAGAGCACCACCUCCCUGGCCGGUGUGCCGCACAUCAGUGAGAGGGAACCAGAAGACAGUGAUCAUGACCCAUCAAGCCACCCUGCAGCCAAGCCAAUAUUUUCUGCUAGAUCUGAAAGUGAGAUACAAAGAAAUAAUCGACUUCGACGAAGAAGCCAGAUGAUUUUGACUCCUGCAGGACACAAGCAUUUUCUGGAUGAGUACGGCCAGUUGCGCAAGUUCAGCUCGUGUUCCACCAUCUACAUGGACGACUCGACGGUAUCCCAGCCCAACCUGAAGACCACCAUCAAGGCCGUGGCUCUAGCCAUUUUCUUCCACAUCCGCAACCGAAUCCCGAUGGACGCACAGCACCAGCAGCAGCUGGCUGCACUCGAACCCAACAUCUUGCAGAUCUUUGACGAGAAAGCUCAUCCCCUCUCUAAGGAACCUGUACCGGAGGACUACCAAAAGAGGGAGCCAGAGCACAAGGUCAUCUACCGAUUUGUCCGCAACUUGUUCAACGCUGCUCAGCUGACUGCAGAAUGUGCCAUUGUUACACUGGUGUACUUGGAGCGCCUGCUCACCUACUCUGAAAUUGACAUCAACCCGGGCAACUGGAAGCGUAUGGUGCUGGGUGCCAUCAUCCUUGCCUCCAAGGUGUGGGAGGACCAGGCUGUCUGGAACGUCGACUUUUGUCAGAUCCUCAAGGACAUUCAGGUCGAUGACAUGAACGAGCUGGAGCGUCAGGUGCUUGAGCUGCUACAGUUCAACAUCAACGUACCAUCGAGCGUAUACGCCAAGUACUACUUUGACCUGCGGGCGCUGGCCGACGCACAUGAAAUUGUUUACACGCCUGAUCCCUUGGACAAGGAGAGGGCUCUCAAACUAGAGGCUAUGUCCAGUGUGUGUGAGGACACACUUCGGCUAUGGCACCGCAAGAAUAGAAGACGCAUUGCCUCCCUUGACGGCCACAUGUGGUCUCGCCACCGGCCCCGCGCCAUCUUGUCUUGACCUCAGCCUGGUCGUAUAGCUCUGGAUCACCACAGGGGCUGACUGGUUCUGCAGGUACCCACGUGUGAAUGACCGUCUACAUAGCCUGUGAACCACUGCCCUGCCUCCCUACCGUCUCCACUAUUGUUUCAGACCUAAAGCUUUUUCCUCCACCCAGCCCCGCUUAAUUCCCAAGAUUUCAUCGUCUUCAACUAUGUUGUUCUCAAGACCCAUCUCUUCCUAUUGCCCCUCGCCCCCUCUCCCCGUACUAACAGAGGAGGCACUGUGCGUAGUUGCUUCUGUGUGUGCCAGUGAAUAUUCUACUCUCAUCUCGUUGAGGUCGUCGCUCAAGAGCUUCGUGUUGGUUGUUCUCGCGAGUGACGUGAUGGCUGUUGAUGUUUUUGCUCCUACUGUUGAGUGUUUGUACAGCUCAAGUUUCUCCUGGACUUCCUGGCGUCGUAUCAUGAUAAUGACUGUGCAGUUGAUGGGAAUAUGUUCUGUGCUGGCUCGGACUGGACACCUAUUUCAUGUGUAUAUCUUAUUCAAUGAUACUUUUGCAUGUGGCUAGAUUAAAUGGUAAGUGGUGCUGUCUGAUUGGACAAUAUUUUGUCAUGUGCAUCUGAUACAAUGUAUUGUGUUGUCUGAUUGGAGGAUACUCUCUAUUUUGUCACAACUGGGCAAUAUUUUCAGUCGUCUGAUUGGUCAAUACUUUGAUGAGUUGAGUCUGACUGGACAGUAUUACCUUUUUAUGUCUGAUUGGACAAAAACUUUAUGCUGUCUGAUUGCACAACGAUUUUUAAUGUGUCUGAGAGGAGGAAAUUUUCUGCUGUGUUUUGACCUUUGCUUGAAAGAAAAUAAUUUCAUGUGUGCGGCUAGCUGCGACUGGAUUCUGCUUGAUCACUGCAGGCAUGAGAGAGUUACCACUUUUGACGGGGUGUGAUUAUUUGCUUCUUUUUUGGGGGGGGAUAUUUUGGACAAGGAAAACAUUUGGAAAUUGGGAACAAUGGCAACCAUGGCGUGUUCAAUUUCUGCUUAGAUUACUUUGUGGUUUGGAUUUUCUUUACUCGAAAAAUAUAUUCUUUCGUCUUAUAGAACUGUUUAUUGAAGGUCUUGGAAUGAAUGCAUCGAAGAUACUUGAGUAAGCGAAAACACCUCAGAGUCCAGGAAAUGUAAUAGAACUCAUCUGGUGUGGUGGAAGUCUUGCUUUGUACAUUACAGUCAAUUGGACUUGUUUCAUGUUGAUCACAUUGUAGGCUGAACUUGUGCGCAAAUGAAAGUGAAAUGGGUUUUUUUUCCACACUUUGAAAUUGUUUUCUUUUAAUUAAGAUAAACUGGCCUGUUGUAUGAUAUGCUUCCAGGGUUACUAUUACAUUUUGUCAUUGGUGUUUCGACUGUUGGGAUGGUUUUUUAAUUUGACGUGACUAUGGGUUUCACUCUUUUAAUUUUUUGUUUUAAACUAUUUGGCUUUCUGAUUUUGAACAACUGUUUCCUUGGUUAUUGUUGGUUUAUUUGGGGGGAAAAUGUGGCAUUACCACAAAUUCUUUGUUAUAAAUCCUGUGGAUAUGUGAGCUCACAGAAGCUACUGAUUUGAUCUUUUAAAGUAUUUUAUUUCGAAUAUUUUGAACAUUAGACUGCUCAUACAUUUUUUAAUGGAGUAAGCCAAGCUGUAAUGCGAAACUUGGCUCGAGUUCAAGAACUGCAUCUGAUUAAAUGGUUUCACGUUGGCCUUGAACUCUGUCCUUCUGUGUUCAGAAAUGGGACAAAUAAGUCAUCCAGGAAUUAACUAAUAUAUUGUAAACUUUUACACACGAGAUCAGGCAAGCUUGGCUUUGCCUCGUAGCAUCAAAACUGAAACACUUUGGGUUGCUUGGGUGAAGGGAUGUUGUUCUUGUUCUAGAACCAGUAGCCUUUAGUCUUUACCCUUUCUGUCUUAUAAAUCGCGCCGAGAUGGUGACCUCCGAUUUUGCAUUAGGCUGGAUGGAGUAAGACAGGAAUGUCAGAGACAGAAACUAAUUCCAGAUGUGUAUGUGUGUGACUGUAGUACUACAAUCUGUGUGCCUCAAUCCACCUCCACCUCUGCCAAGUUGCCAAAAUUUUUGCCAAAAGGGCAGAAGAGCCUUUGAAGUCAAAAGCUUUGUAACAAUCUCUGUUUUACCUUUUUUUUUUUUUUUUUAAAGGGGUGGUUGGCGGGUGCUAUAGUGUGGUUUGCUUCUU